UUCCGCCAUAACCAAGACCUCCCCAAAACACAUUUCAUCAUACUCUAGAGAGAGAAACAACUUGGACAAAAUAGUCUACGCCCACCUUCUUUCCCCAUCUCAAAAUUGUAUUCAAUCUUGAUAUUUUCACAGUUUUAGCACCAUGGAUUCUCAGAUCUAUGGUGCAUUGGGGAUCUUCCUUUUCAUAUUUUAUCUCAUACCACCGGCAGCCAUUAAUGCAACUCAACUGCCCACCAAAUCAAGUUCCGCCCAGAUCAACUCCAACUCGGUUCUUGUAGCGCUUCUUGAUUCGCACUACACUGAGUUAUCUGAACUCGUUGAGAAAGCGCUUCUGUUACAGACCCUUGAGGAAGCAGUUUCUCAUCAUAACAUCACCAUUUUCGCACCCAGUAAUGAAGCUCUUGAGAGACAUUUAGAUCCUGAGUUCAAACGCUUCUUGCUUCAACCCGGAAAUCUCAAAUCUCUUCAGAAUCUCUUGCUUUUUCAUAUCAUUCCGUCUCGGGUCGGGUCGAAGGAAUGGCCCGGGGAGGAUUUGGAAUCAGUAGCCUACUAUGAAACACUCUGCAUUGAGGAAGUUGGCAAUCACCUGCCGCUGACCCGAGAAAGUUCCGGUGAUAAAGUAGUCGGUGGUUUAGCUAGAGUGACCCGACCCGAUGAUGUCAUCCGAGAGGACGGGUUGAUCCAUGGGAUUGAGCGGCUGUUGGUUCCCCGAUUGGUACAGGAAGAUUUUAAUCGGAGAAGGAGCUUGAGUUCUAUUUCUGCGGUUUUACCGGAAGGAGCUCCGGUUGUGGAUCCGAGAACCAACCGGUUGAAGAAACCGGCCACUCCUGUUCCCGCCGGUGCUCCACCGGCACUUCCGGUAUACGACGCGAUGGCUCCAGGUCCAUCUCUAGCUCCAGCACCAGCACCAGGUCCCGGCGGACCCCGCCACCACUUUGACGGCGAGAGUCAGGUGAAAGACUUCAUCCAAACCCUCCUCCAUUACGGCGGCUACAACGAAUUAGCAGAUAUUUUGGUGAAUUUGACGUCAUUAGCAACGGAGAUGGGGAAGCUGGUGUCGGAGGGUUAUGUUUUAACGGUGUUGGCCCCCAACGAUGAAGCCAUGGCUAAACUGACGACGGACCAACUGAGUGACCCAGGUGCGCCGGAGCAGAUAAUUUACUAUCAUCUGAUACCGGAAUAUCAAACGGAAGAGAGUAUGUAUAAUUCAGUACGGCGGUUCGGCAAGGUUCAGUACGAUACUUUGCGGCUGCCACAUAAGGUGGUGGCGGAGGAGGCUGAUGGUUCAGUGAAAUUCGGGCAAGGGGAGGAGCCGGCGUACUUGUUUGACCCAGAUAUCUACACCGAUGGGAGAAUAUCGGUGCAGGGUAUUGAUGGGGUAUUGUUUCCGCCGGAGCAGACGGUGGAGAAGCCGGCCGGCAAAGUUGGACCGCCAUCGCCGGCUAAGGUUGUGGCUGAGCCAAAAAGAGGGAAAUUAUUGGAAGUGGCAUGUUCAAUUGUUGGAGCAUUUGGACAAGAUUCCCAAUUUACAAGCUGUUAUUGAUUUCUAUUAUAAAAAGUAUAUUUUUCAAAGAGAGUUGAGUGCAUUAAAAGGGGAAAUAAAACAGCCACAGAUCUGCAGACUCAGAGAUUUCAGAAAGGAAGGUGUCCAGAUAUAGCAGCAGACAGAUAAAAGAAAGGGUUAGCAUAUGGAUGGAUGCUGCAGUUUGCAUUCAAGAAAGUUUCCCAAAAAAGAAAGUUUGAUUUUUGUUCUUUUCUUUAAUCCUGAUAUUUCUUGAUUUCUUUUUGAGUGUAAUUACUACUUCUGCUAGGAGUGAUUUUUGGGAACAUAUUAUUAUUAUGCAAAUACAUAAAUCAUUUUGUACCGAUGAACUUAUCAAAUUUGUUAUAAAACGAGAUCAUUGUUGCUCGUUAGUUAUUA